UGCAGCCAUUAAUUUGCACCUGUUUUUUAAACCUACUUCGAAUCAGCUGAGUUAAGAAAUAAUUCCAUUGCCUGAGCCUCCUAUGCCAUCAAACCAGAGUGAACGCAGUCCAGAGUCUAUUUCUACUUUUCGAGCGUUGGGUGUUAAUGAAUAUCUCUGCACACGACUGAAUCUUCUUGACUGGAUUCAUCCAACGCCAGUGCAAUGUGCCGCAGUCCAGCCUGCUUUACAGGGUAAGGAUAUUGUCGGUGUUGCUGAAACGGGUUCUGGGAAAACAGGAGCGUUCUUACUUCCUGUUAUCCAACGCUGGAUGGAUGCUGGCCGGCCACAUGGCUUUGGUCUUUUGCUCGCACCUACUCGCGAACUCGCUCAUCAACUGGCAAACGAAGCCACCCGUUUGGGCGCAUGUGGCGCCGAUUCGGAAGAUCACCUCCGCGUCGUCCGUUUAGUUGGAGGGGAGGACAUGGUGGAACAAGCGCUGCAGCUGGCUUGGCAUAAGCACCACUUGCUAGUGGCCACUCCGGGUCGUUUUGUCGAUCACAUGAGGAACUCUCCAAAUUUCGCUCACCAACAACUUUCCCAAAUCCGUCAACUUGUACUUGAUGAGGCGGAUCAAAUGCUGAACAUGGCCUUCGCCGAUGAUAUUGAUUUGGUGUUGGAUUUAUUUCAACAACCACACAAACGAAAAAGGCGUCGAAAAAAGGAUGUACGACUUUUGGAGCAAGUCGCAAAGGCUAAUUCGGCCUCGGACGGCCUUAAAAGUCAUUCUAUCACUAACAAGAAGUUCCCACACCCACAAACUCACCUUUACUCCGCUACCAUGACCAAGGAUGUGGCCAAAUUACGUCGAGCAGCACUGUCAUCAGAUGCAGUGUUUGUGUGUGUCAACUCACAACCACCAAUCGGAUCACAACCAAGUGUCGUGUCAGCAGCUCGAAUUGGCGCUCAAGGUCAGAGAGAGCACCAGAUCCAAAAGACCACUUUCCCUCCUGGGUUGGUGCAAUACUGUCUGCCUGUUCGAUUGGCGGACAAGCCCGCCAUAUUGGAUUGGCUUUUACAAGAGGCCACUUACGUGAAUGUUAAGUUGUGCGACGCCAGCCAUUUGAAGUAUCCGUCGCGUGCGCUCGUCUUCUGCAAACGGCGUCAGGAAACGCGGCUGAUUUCCCGCUUUCUCCAUGAGUGCGGACACUCAGUUGGUAGCCUAUCGGGUAGAAUGAAAGAAGCAGAGCGUAAGCAAUCUCUUCUGAAUUUCGUCUCAGGCCACUGUAGAAUCCUGGUGGCCACGGAUGUGGCUAGCCGUGGUUUGGAUAUUCCUUAUGUGGAUCUCGUUGUAAACUAUUCAGUUCCACCAAGCGAGAAGUUGUACCGCCAUCGCGUGGGCCGAACUGCUCGGGCCGGACGCUCUGGCGUCGCCGUCACUUUGAUUACUCGUGACUCAGCACCUACCUUCUUGGAACUUGAGGCGCAGUUGGCUUCCUACCAUUGUGACUCAGUUCGCGCUUCUUCCGAUUGCUUCAUCCCUCGUUGGCCUAUUCCGCUUCCCGGCCCAACUGGAAGACAUGGAAUGUUACUGCGACGACGACUAGCCGGCGAGGCAUGGGCUCGUGCUGGAAAGGCCAUUCGGAUGCAGGAUGAUGAGCGUAGGAGGCUAGCGAAAGAAACCAUGGAUGAUGAGGAUUUUAUGCUAUCCUCUGAUUCCGACCCUUCUGGUGCACUCGUGGACAGUGGCGCUUCAGACGAAGAUGAUCUGACAGAUGUUGUUGAAGAUGUAUCGAGUACCAUGGUUUCAGAAGGUAUUCCUACUCAGAAUUCAAUCGAGCCUUUAAACACCUCUGGCACACAUGGCUUAGCAGCGGCCAGGCUGUCAUGGAAAUUGCAGAAUCGCGAAAAGCGGAACAAGCGAAAGCAGCGUUUGGAACACAUGGAGAAAUUAAAAACCCCUUCUAUUGGCUGGGGUAUCGUUUCCGGCGGCCAAGAGUUGGCCGAUGAUAUCGAGGAUGUGGAUCAUUUACGGAUUGACGAGCAAUUGAAAAACAAAUACCACGGUAUCUCGACGAAAAAGAGCAGAAUAAAAAAUCAUUAACGCCCUA